AUGUUCUGAAGAAAGCACCAAUUCUUAUCUUGAUAGAAUUGAAGACUAUCUCAGUUGGCCAAACAUUGGCGGCUCCUAUCCAGAAUUACAGCAGGUGGUUCAAACAUAUGCGCCAUCCAAUCAAGAUUGCCGGGAUCUAUACUUGCAGGCACAGGAUUCAACUCUCAAUCCAGAAGGAAUGGCAGCAAAUGAUCAAAACAAACGAAUUAUUCAAGCAACAAUUGAUGAGCUUCUUGUAAUCGAAGGUGGCAAAGCCUUCUUCACUGUCUUGAAUGAGAAGGCACAAAUUUGCAGCUUGUUCAUUGUUCCAACACAGAAGCUUUUUGAAAUUGAUCAAAUGCUGAACAAGUUGCUGAAAUGGAAAGGGAUGGACUUCAACGAUGGCAAACCCCGCGGACUCUACACAGAUACAUGGCCAAACAGCAAGGACUACUGGGAGAAACGCCUUGCACCAAACACAGAAGGAGCUGUUCCAUUUCAAUCAGUGACUCAUGAAGCAUCUAAAUUUGCAGCACAAACAUUUCUAGCGGAUCAAAGAGAGAUUCCAAAGGGCAAUCUAUAA